UGCGCCAGCUCCUCGGGCGGCUCCUCCGCCGGCUCCUCGGCCGCCAUCGCCGGAAGGGGCGGGCGGCGCGGCGGAACCGCGAUGCUGCUCUUCUGCCCGGCCUGCGGCAACGUGCUGGUGGCCGAGGAGGGGCCGCGCUGCCACCGCUUCGCCUGCACCACCUGUCCCUACGUGCGAAAUGUCACGCGGAAGGUGACCAGCAGGAAGUACCCGCGGCUGAAGGAGGUGGACGAUGUUCUGGGCGGCGCCGCUGCCUGGGAGAACGUGGACUCCACGGCAGAGCCGUGCCCCAAGUGCGAGCACCCCCGCGCCUACUUCAUGCAGAUCCAGACGCGCUCGGCCGACGAGCCCAUGACCACGUUCUACAAGUGCUGCAGCCCGCAGUGCGGGCACCGCUGGCGGGACUGAGGCGCGGGAUGCUGCUGCUGCUGCUGCUGCAAUAAAGUGGCCCUGCGGGCGAGCCAGCGGCUCUGCCUGGUUGUUUGG